UAGCUGCUGAGCGAGUGGGCUCCUCAGGGGUGGGGGUGGUGACAGCAUGCCUCAUGUUCACCUCAAGCCUAAUUUCCCUUGGAAGUGGUUUCCUCCUUGCUGCCACAGUGAUGAGGUUUUUGACCAAGUCCAGGGAGUCCAAGGUAUGGUUAGCAGAAGGUGCAGCAGGGCCCUUAAUUGUGGUGGCUGCUGUAGCAACUGGAACAUUUGGGGGCCUUAUUCCAGCAUGGAUAUACAUCACAGUCCAGUGCAUAAUGGUCCUUUUCGUGUACUCUUACUCUAAUAUGAAUGAGAUGACUACAGCUCUGUUAAUUAUCUUCACCACUCUCUAUGUCAGUGUUGUAUGUGGACGUAUGGGCUUCAUAAUUGGAAUAUUUACCAUGGGGAUAACCAUUUUUGCUCUCUUUGUCAUCCGGAGGACCCUGACACAGAGGGUGAAAAGUAGACCCAACAGUCAGAACCAGUACCGACUUUUGGAGAGGGUCUUGCUGUACUCUGUUGUUGUGGCUUUGUUGGGAUUUCUGAUAGGUUUGGGAGCAGGUACAGGAGGACUGAAAACAGAGGUGUAUUUGAUGCUACGGUCCGUCCUCUGGGUGGGGAUUCUGGCUGCAGGGCUGCUUGGAGCUGCUCUGGGAACAGUGUCUGUGGUCAGUUUGGGGACAGACAGUGCACAAAAAGUGGCCAUUGGGGCUGCACUAACAUCUUCAAUUGCUCUCAGAGCCAUUCUGCCAGCACUUCCUCUUUUAGGGGUGCGAGGUAGUGUGGGGGGAAUUCUAGGGGUGGCUACAGCUGCAGGGGUCUCCCUGGGGGCAGCAAGUGUUGCAGUAAAAUCAGAGUUUAAGGCUAGAAAUACCACUUUAGUGAUCCUUUUUUCAGUCAUUGUAGGUGCAGUUCUUGCCACCAGGGGUCUGUCACUGAAACCAAUUCCACUGACGCCAAUGGAACUUUUGACAAUCACACUUGUGGCAGUAGGGGCAUUUAUUCUAGGUGCACCACAGAGUCCGUUCCACACUCAGGUGAAUCUACGAGGGGGUCUUCUCACGGGGCAUAACCUAAUUAGAGGAAUUGGCAUGGAAACAAUCACUGCAGCAGCAGCACCUCUUGGAGCAGGGGCUCUAGGGGCCGCUGCACUGGGCACAGCAGCUCUGGGGAAACUGGGGACACUGGGAGUCGCGGUGACUGUACUUUUGGCUAUUGUUAAGACUCUGAAUGGCCUGGUAGGAAAACCCCCGCUGAAAGCGAAUGGACAGAGGGACACUGAUUAAAAAAAUCGACUUUUCAACUGGAUGCUGAGAUCUCACACUAGAGCAAAGUGCUGGUGCAUGAAGAUUUGGCCAAAGGCUUCUCACAAAAAAAAGCAUCGUAAUACCAAAAGUGUCUUAAUUAUUAACCAAGUUUUACUGUGUGCACGUGCGCGUUCGUGUAAGUAAGGGUAUACUACCAUAAAAUAAAGGAUGCUGUAUGAGCUGUGCUCACGGGUCAACACGCUUGAAUCCGUGAUGCCCUCUUCUGGUCAAAAAGGGAAGGGGGGGUGGGGAUCAAAAGGCAAGUUUCUUUCUGCUUUUAAUUUACGACUUUACCACUAGACAAUUUUUGUAAUCAUGUUGUGGCAGGUCAACAUACAGUAUUCAAUUUUCAGUCAAACGGUAUGAACAUUGUUUUCUGUGGGGACAACGGGAUGCUGAUGUGUUUGUGCAUUGAUUCAGUUGUAGAUGGAUGCUGAUGUACCAUAGCAGGUAUUAAUUGCCUCAGAGGGCUGACGGGUAAAGAUGACAGUCGGCAGGGCAGCUUUUAAGAUGUAGCGUCCCUUCCUUGCCUCUGCACACCCUCUUUCUUACUUUGCCCAAGAUGUGACUGCAAAGUCACAGUUGGUUUGGUCUCGUCUUAGCAACAGUAGCAGAGGAUUUGUUCUCUGGGAAAAGGGGGAAGGUGGGGGGGAGGGAGGAUUGCUUUAUAGAGAGACAACAUCUUCAAAGAGAAUUAAUAGCGUUGUACAUCCAUAGUCUCGUGAUUAUGAAUCAAAUGUAUGUGUAAAUGAUGCCUAUUUCAGUUAAACUGGAAUGACACGAAACGGUAGUAAAUGACUCUGAGCGCUUUUUUUUACACUGUGAGAAGACAACUGGAUACCCACAUGUGGAUCACUGCUGGGGACUGGAUAACGGUUUGAUGAUGCACCAUGAUGAUACACCGGACUUAAUGGCACACUUCUCACAUGAAGUUUUCCAUGGAAACGGCAGAGAACAUAACUGUAAGACCAAGACUGUGGAGAAAAGGAGACUUUAAGCACUGGAUAUAACUAUCAGAUUAUACGACGUUCUGAUAAUAAACUAAAGCGAAGCAAUCAUUUCCACUGGUGAGAGAUUUGUUGUGGAUAUAUUUUGACAUAAAAUGUGGUUAUAGCUGUACUCAAUAAUCAUGACACGCUCCAGAAAUCGAUGCUCCUGGACACUCUUUCUUGGGAUUUUGGUCGCUUUGAGGUUGUUCCGUGUUUCCAUCUUGGAAGGACGACAGCUCGUAAGGUUAACCAAGUUCCAUCACGUCGCCUUAAUAACUCCAAAACUAAUCACAAUGACGGAGGUUGGUCGACGCGACUCCCCGCUGUUUGUCUGAAAUAAGGAACUCUUUUCUGACACGGAACAUGUCUCUGAACCGGGUCCAUACCACAGACAGGGGACAGUCCACGGACUACCCGGUCCCGGUUCCUUCUGAAGCGGUCCACGGGCUGACCGUGCGCCGCUCCGCGUUCUGCCGCUGUCUGCCAAGCGCCGCGCGCCUCACCUUCGCGCCCGGGUCCCUGGAGCGGCUUUACCAGACCUACUUCCGCCGCCAGCGACAGGACUUCCUGGCGGCGUUGGCGAUGUUCGCCGCUCUUUUCAACGGCUACGUUAUCGUCGUGUGCGCGGCGGUGUACAGCGCGGACAAACUGGCCACGGUGGUCGUGGCGGCUAUCGGGCUGGCGGCGGACACCGCGCUGUACGCGCUGUGCCGCGUACGCAAGCUCCCGUUGGCGCCCGUGUCCCGCGGCGCGGUGCCGUACGUACUCUGGCUGAUGGUGGCGGUCCACGUCUUGUGCUACAUGGGGCUCAACUACCGGCAUUUCCCCCAUGCGAGUGACUCCGUGGGCUGGCAGGCCUUUUUCAGUUUCUCCUGCUUUCUCACGCUGCCCCUCGACCUGGUCCCCCUCCUCCUGCUGACCGCCCUCUCCUGCGGUGUGCACACCUUGGUUUUGGGGGUCACCGUAGCGCAAAGAUUGCAGGACAGUACACAGGGGCCCAUGUUGGUGAGACAGCUGGUAGCCAAUAUGGUCCUGUACCUGUGUGCAGCCACUGUUGGUGUGAUGUCGUACUACAUGGCAGACAGGAAGUACAGGACAGCUUUCUUGGAAGCACGUCAGUCCCUAGAGGUAAAGCUCACCUUGGAGGACCAGAGUACCAAGCAGGAGGAGUUGUUGUUGUCCAUCCUGCCCAAACACAUAGCGGAUGAGAUGCUGCAGGGCAUGAAGGAGCAAGCCAACCAGAACGAGGUCCAGCAACAGCAGUUCAACACUAUGUACAUGUACCGCCAUGAAAACGUCAGUAUCCUUUUUGCUGAUAUUGUGGGCUUCACGCAGCUGUCGUCAGCCUGUAGUGCCCAGGAGCUGGUAAAGCUGCUAAAUGAGCUGUUUGCCCGCUUUGAUAAACUGGCAGCACAACACCACCAGCUGAGGAUUAAGAUCCUGGGAGACUGCUACUACUGUAUCUGCGGUCUUCCCGACUACAGAGAAGACCACGCUGCCUGCUCCAUUAUGAUGGGUCUAGCCAUGGUGAAGGCAAUUUCGUAUGUACGGGAAAAGACCAAGACAGAGGUGGACAUGCGGGUGGGAGUCCACACUGGCACCGUUCUGGGGGGAGUGCUGGGUCAGAAGAGAUGGCAGUUUGACGUCUGGUCCACAGAUGUCACCGUAGCCAACAAGAUGGAAUCGGGAGGGAUCCCUGGGCGAGUUCAUAUUUCCCAGGCAACCAUGGAGUGUCUUCAUGGAGAGUUUGAUUUGGAGCCAGGGAACGGUGGAGAUAGGUGUGAGUACUUGCUGGAGAAGGGUAUUGAGACUUACCUGGUCAGAGUACCUAAAGAGACAACGCAGGCCAGCGGACUCAGCGGAAAUAAACCAGGCACAUUGUCCAAUAAAAAUUCAAACCAGUUGAUUGACACUGCAACAACCAGUGGGAACUGUAGCUCUCGUCGUGCCACGCCCACUGAAUCUAAACAAGAGGUAAUGACCUCUCAGAGGAUUAAGAUGUUUGGGGAUCUGGAUAUCAACAGACGACUACACCAGGAACUGCUGGAGCGAGAGAACCAAGAAAUUAUGAGGGAACAUCAAAUCAACCCUCUGUCACUUUGUUUUGUGGAUGGGGAGUUAGAAGCGCGCUUUUCUUCAGAUAAGGAGAAGCGGAGCGGAGUGGCCUUCUGCUGCUGCUGCAUGGUGCUCUUCUUCAUCACAGCCAUGGAGGUGCUUAUAGACCCACAGCUGACUGUGAAUUAUGUGACAUUGGCUAUAGGAGAGGUGCUACUGCUCAUCCUCACUGUCUGUUCCCUGGCUGCCAUCUUCCCUAAGAUGUCCCCCAAAAGGCUGGUGUCUUUCUCAAUGUGGAUUGAUCGUACAAGGUGGGCGAGAAACACGUGGGCCAUGGCAGCAAUCUUUGUUCUUACCAUGGCUGUGAUCGCGGACAUGUUGAGUUGUGUCCCGCCACUACUGCAGCUCCACAACACUAGCUCUGGGCUGACCCUGGAGUCACUAGUUGACCAGGGCUGUGCAGAGAACCCAAAGCACUACACCUUCAUGGCAGUGAUGUCACUCAUAGCGACCGCCGUGCUGGUGCAGGUCAGCCACCUGGUUAAAUUGGGGCUAAUGGCGAUGGUCGUCACUGCAACCGGGGCCGUCAACAUCUACAGCUGGUGCGAUAUCUAUGACCUGAAUGACUUCAUACGGUUUUCCACCUACAGAACUUCCAUGGUGCCAUCCAAGUACCUGAUGACAAUAAUGAUCAUCGUUAUGAUGAUAAGCUUCUACUAUUUUGCGCGGCAUGUGGAACAUCAGUCACGGAAGCUGUUCCUGUGGAAAAUCAGGGUGCAUGACCAGAAAGAGAGGGUGUAUGAGAUGAGGCGCUGGAAUGAGGCACUGGUCACCAACAUGCUGCCUGAGCAUGUAGCAAAACACUUCCUGGGCUCCAAGAAGAGAGAUGAAGAGCUGUACAGCCAUUCCUACGAUGAGAUAGGUGUGAUGUUUGCCUCGAUACCCAACUUUUCUGACUUCUACACCGAGGAAAGCAUCAACAAUGGUGGCAUCGAGUGUCUGCGGAUUCUUAAUGAGAUCAUCUCCGACUUCGACAGUUUGUUGGACAGAGAUGAGUUCCGCUGUAUCACUAAGAUCAAGACCAUAGGAAGCACCUACAUGGCUGCCUCAGGAGUAACUCCAGGGAGCAACACUAAUGGCCUUUGCAGCCAGAGGCCUGAGGACCAGUCACUGAUUGAGCGCUGGCAGCACCUGGCUGACCUAGCUGACUUUGCCUUGGCCAUGAAAGUCACCCUCAACAACCUCAACAAGCAAUCCUUCAAUAACUUUAUGCUCCGCAUAGGUCUGAAUAAGGGGGGAGUACUCGCAGGAGUUAUUGGGGCUCGGAAACCUCACUAUGACAUCUGGGGCAACACGGUCAACGUGGCCAGCAGAAUGGAAUCUACCGGGGUGAUGGGCAACAUCCAGGUGGUUGAGGACUGCUAUGACAUCCUGAAGGAGUAUGGCUUCCGUUUCGUCCGAAGAGGACCCAUCUUUGUCAAAGGGAAAGGGGAGCUGCUAACCUUCUUCAUGAAAGGCAAAGACAAAUCAAGUAGCAAUGGACUUGCACCGAUGACCACUAACCUUCCACACCAAAUAGCAGACCACUCCUGACCAAUUUCAUUUGCUGAAGCAGCAUUAACACAAGAAUAGAUAGACAUGGCGGCACGGUGGCGCAGUGGUUAGUGCAGUCACCUCACAGCAAGAAGGUCCUGGGUUCGAACCCCAGGAUUGUCCAACCUUGGGGGUCAUCCCAGGUCAUCCUUUGUGUGGAGUUUGCAUGUUCUCCCCAUGUCUGCGUGGGUUUCCUCCAGGUUCUUCGGUUUUCUCCCACAGUCCAAAGACAUGUAGGUCAGGUGAAUCAACUAUGCUAAAAUUGUCCCUUGGUGUCAAUGUGUUGGCCCUGUGAUGGACUGGUGGCCUGUCCAGGGUGUCUCCCUGCCUGCCACCCAAUGACUGCUGGGAUAGGCUCCAGCAUCCUGUGACCUUAAUUCGGAUAAGCAGCUUGGAUAAUGGAAUGGAUGGAUAGAUAGACGUGCAUAUCACUCCAUUUCUCUCAUAUGUGUUCAUUGAUUUCGCCUGUCAUAAGCUCUGUAGCUACAUAAAACAAGUGGAACUAGACAAAUGUAAAUUAAACGAUUUUCUGCAGCUAUCAUAACCACUUACAUAUUUGCAUAUAACUCAGGAAUAUAGGCAAACAUUUCAGAAUGCACAUUGCAUAUAUGCCACUAUGCAAUUGAUUCAUCAGAUCAGACAGAUAUAUAUUGUUAAAUUGUUUUUAUUCCCUCUGCAGCUGUAGCCAUACUGUGUGUACUGUAGGUGUGGUCCUGUCAUCCCUGUACUUGGCAAGUGCAAGUUGUCAAAAUAUCUGUGCACCAAUGUCACCAAGACAAAUUCCUGUAAGUUUGUUUAUCUUGGCAUUAAUAAAGAUUCUUAUGUU